AUGAAUGAAUCAAGAUCAACACUAGACGCCACCGUAUCAGCACAACAUUGGGUGGAUUACUACGCUGAACUUCUUGGAGAACAGACAGGGCAAUCACCCGAUGCCAAGGUGAUCAUUGAUCAGUCAAAUUUUCCAGAGUGGCAAGCGGUGACCCCUGCAGGGAUAAAAUCUCUGAUAGAGAGCUUAAAACUAAAUAAAGUGCCAGGUGAAGAGAUGAUGCCACCAGAGCUAAUUUAAGACACAUAUGGACUGGUGGCAACCCAUCUUGGCUAAGCUCUACACCUACAUAAAUAAUACAGCUCAAAUGACAGCUGGUUGGAAAUUGAACAUCAUCGUGCCAAUCUACAAAAAAGGAGAUAAAACCCUCCCCCAAAACUACCCCCCAUUAGCCUGCUGGAUAUCCCCUCCAAACUCUAUGCUCGUCAUCUGCUCACCAAAGUACUUAGAUGGCCAUGCUAUUAUUUGCUUUACAAAAUAGAAAAAAAACCAAGAACCAGUAAUUUGAUUUAUUGUAGUUCACCUUAUAAUCCCAUGCCCAUGGACACAAUACUAAACAGCUCAGAUCACAAAGGGAGUUGCCUUUUAGUCUUUGUCUACCAAAGUUAAUGGAGUGAGGUUGUAAACAAAGCUCUCCUGAAAUGAAAGUAAACAGUCUGGAGGCUGGAAUGCAGGCUAGAGAGACCUUUGCUUAUACGUCUGCCUGGAUUAUUUCAUAUUUUCUAAGAUGCUGAGCCUGUGCUGGGCAGCACAAGACAUUGUAUGGAUAUUUUGGCUCUAACAUUUGAUGUAUUCUGUUUUAUUUUUAAGAGUUCUGCCAGCCAGAGCCAUCUUUCCCAUUGGGUUUACUGGCGCGUUGCACCAGGGCGCCAUCCUCUCAGGGACGCCCCAGCGAGUUGGGGAGCUGCGUGGCUUUGCCGGCGGCCUUCCCUUCCUCUCCUGCACUCCUGCCAGCUGCACCCUGUCAACCAGAUGGCUGGCGGAUAUGCAGCUUCCUUCCCAAGCCCCCGCGGGAGGAGAGCGAUUCCCGCCAACUUUCGGAAACAGGGGGUGGGGCACUGGAGGAAUCUUUGCACCACGGCAUCAGAUAUGUUUAAGAUGGCGCUGCUGCCAGUAAAAGUUUGGAUAACAUUUUUAUGGAUAAUACAUUUAUUUCAAAAGAAGUCCGUUCUUAUGUUUCCAGUCGCUUCAAACUGAGCAAUAUUAAUAUCUGCAACACCCACAUCCUCCCUUACCUCUGUGUAUUUUUCCAGGCUGACAUUUACAGCGAAUCGAGCAAACUGAAAAUUAAACAAGCAAACACCCACAAACUUUGCCUGUCCAUGUGCAGGACGCAAGUGGAGGAAGACUUGUGA